AUUCGCUUUUUAGCACCUCGUGCCUUCAUCAAGCUAUUACUGCAACGUCUCCCACCGCCUGGCAAUGAUCCAUUAUGAGCACCGGGCAAUGCAGGCUACCGCCGCUUACGUCCAUGGCUAAGAAUCUCGCUGGGAAGAUUGUAUUGAUCACAGGUGCAUCUUCCGGCAUCGGUCGCAGCACCGCUUUCGAAUUCGCUCGCACAUCCCCCUCUUCGCUAAAGCUUAUCUUGACAGCGCGGCGGGUUGAUCGGCUGCACGAUAUCGCCUACCAGAUUCGAGAAGAAGUUGGAAAUGACGUACGAGUAUGUAUUCAGCAGCUCGAUGUAUCGAACCCGGAUGAGGUUGAAGCUCUAAUAGCAGGGCUGCCAGAAGAGUUUAGGGAUGUCGAUAUACUCGUAAACAAUGCGGGCUUCAUGUCUGGUUUCGAACAGGCACCCGAUAUCCCACAAGACGUGAUCCGCGAUGUCUGGGCCACGAAUGUCACCGGGACGAUCAACAUGACGCAAGCUGUUCUCAAGGUCUUCAAAAAGCGGCCAAAUGGCGGUCGAGGCGAUGUGAUUAUGUUAGGGAGUAUCGCUGGGAGGGAGGCGUAUGCUGGUGGGUCGAUAUACUGCUCAAGUAAAGCGGCGGUUCGCGCAUUCACGGAUGCUCUCAGAAAGGAGUUGAUCAAUACGCGGAUCCGGAUCAUGUCUGUGGACCCAGGACAAGUGCUGACAGAGUUCAACAACAUUCGCUACCGUUUCGACCAAGAGCAAGCAAAUAAAGUCUACGCUGGCUGCGAUCCUUUGUCUCCAGAUGAUGUCGCCGAAGUGAUUGUAUUUGCGGCCGGAAGGAGGGACAACGUAGUUGUAGCAGACACACUGAUGUUUCCAAGUCAUCAGGCCUCUGCCACCCAUAUUUAUCGAACCUUAUGAAGUCCAUCAGGCCUCGUUAGGGUUAAGCUGAAACUGCUCUGGACGGGUGCAACUCAUUCAGCCAUGCUAGGGUGUAUAUCAGUAACAAGGUAUGCCUGAGUGCGACCUAGCAGCCCCACUGAGCCGUGUAUGGUGUACGACUGCGCCUUGCUUAGCGGCACUGUUCUGAUUCUGUUCAGCCUCGGAAGUAACAAGACUAUACGUUUGAAUUUACAGAUAAUCGCCUUCAUUGAAAUUCAAGUUAUAGAAUAGGAAAUGCAGUUAGGGAAAGCGAUCACAGUCGUUAGCAGGAAUGAGCUCGUAAUUAAGAGGUAUCGAGGCUUUCAUAAAUCAUCCAAUCUUCUGCUUUCUCC